AUCCGCGAACCGGCCGCGUUUCUUCGAUCCUCUCCACUCGUUCCUCUCGGUCCCUUGGUCGCCUCUGUUUCCUCGGCCGCCAGUGUACAAUAGAGGUUUUCGGCGUACGCCACGCCUGUCCCUCCUCUCUCUCUUUUUCUCCCUCUUUCUCUUUUUGUUAACGCGUGACCUUGAGCCCUUGUCGCUACGACAUCAAGAUCUAAGAAGAAGCUCGAAAGAUCCAGUGUCGGCCGGUUGGAUCGCCGUGAGAUGAGGCCAUUUCGAUUAACCGGGUGAAGGGAGGAUGAAGAAUGCCCCGCGUCGGUGGAGACGGGGGUGGCGGGGCGGAGAAGGCAGGAGGAAGUGGAUUCGGAGGAUGGCUUGGGGGUGCAGCAAGAGCCAUGACAGGAGGAAGUGUCGGAGGUGGAUACGUGGUUCUAGGUGGUACCAGAUACGGUCUCAGACUUUCUCAGGAAAGUCUGCCGCCAUUGAACUCGCGGGAAGAAUCGCAGGAGAGGCGUCGAAAGAGGAGUUCCAGGGAGAGCGACUCUCGCGAGAGACUGACCGAUCGGUGUCCAGAGAACUCGGCCGGUCUCGAGCUGAGCACGAGCAUCGCGGAUUGCUGUUGCAUAGGUCCACGUUCGCGUCUACCGUUGCCGAGGAUCCCGCCGUCGACGACGAUCGCCUCUUCGUCCUCUCCGUGCGUAACAGGCGGAGGUGGUGUAGGUGGAGUUGGAGGUGGCGGUGGAGGAGUUAGCUGUGGACAGUCUCCUUUUCCUGGGCCUCCCACGUCUUCGAACAGCCGUGUUGCCGGCGUGGAACAGCCGGCGACGCUGACGACGCCAACGACGACGUCGGCGCAACCGACGUUGGUGAACUCUAAUAAUAACCGAGGGAUGCUGCAAAUGUCGGUGGGGAACAGCACUGGCCAACAGCACCAUCAGGCACAAUCGUCUGCGGCUCUAACGGCGGCGGUACCGUCGGUAUCCACCUCCACGUCGUUCAACACGUCGUCCACCGCCGUCCCGACGCUGCAGUCCGUCUCGGUACCGCGACAGUUAGCACAGUGGACCAAGCAUCAGACGCUGAAGCUGCAGGAACCAGCAGUGAUAGCAGUGGACCGAUUGCACAGGUUCCGAUGGAGCGGGGGCGGAGGAGGAAGUAGCAAAAAGUCCUCUUCCGGCCCCCGGAGCGAAAAGGCCGAGCGCCUUCGAGAGCUCACCGAGAAACUCAAGGGACCAGCCCCCGUACCACCACCAAGAAGGCCUUCGCGGACUCAAGCAUCCUCUCCACCCCCGAGUGGAUACCAAUCGCCUUCUCAAAAUUGUCCUCAGACAACGAAUCAAGGAUGCGGUCGCUGCGACGGUCGACCUUCCUGUCGAAGUUACACGUACAGCGAGGGAACGGGGCAUGGUUCGGGCAACCAGCAACACCAUCAGCAAUACCCACUGCAACACAACCAGCCGAAGACGUUCAACCGGAGUGACAGUGUCGGUGACGAGUGUUACAGUGAGUCGAGUAACGAUGCAUACAGGAAGACGUGCACCGACUCGAGGAGAUCGCGGUCGCUCAGGCAAUAUGAUAGGAACAGUGGUGACGUAAGUGACAUAAAAAACGAGCUGAACGCCAGUGCAGACACGGCGAAACACCUGAGACAGUACAGUGAUUCGGUGGUGGAUAGUGGUACGUGUGUGGAUGAUUUGUGUGAUAAUCUGAACACCGCCUCCGGCCAAGGGAACGAGGGUGAAGCCAGGGAUGCGAUCACCAGAUUGGAGCCCAGAGGACCUCUGCUUACGUUUCAUAGAGCCGGUGCACCGUUCAGGAGUGCUUCCUUUGGCCAGGUGGACUUCAAUCAAGUUAGUCGACAGAAGGCACAGCCGAUAGCCACGUCGAAUCGGGGCGACAGCAAGGAUGUUCGUGCGAGCACGUUGCCACGAAGGCGAGGAGACGUCAGCCCGGUGGUCUCGACACCGCAGAACAGCCCCAAUCGUCAAAGUCCAAGGACCUCGACGCCCAGCGUGGACAGUGCUGUCGGUUCGGCGGAAGGGUUGGGCGUACCUCAGAGCGGAAACGUCGAGGAGAUCCGGCCGAGGAGCGAUGGUUCCGACAGCUUGGCCACUUCGAGCGCUCUCACCAGCCCGGAACCGCCGGUUCCCGAGAUCAACGAGCCGAGAGUCGAUCUGGUACAGGCUGACGUACCUCCUAUCGAGAUCGUCACGUCUGAACCCGUUUUUCCGCUCGUUGAAAACGCGCCUAUCGAGGAAACCGCGCAGAAAGAAAACAGGCUGGAGCCUCACGAGGUGAUAAUAACACCCCCACCCGAGGAGCCACGGCUGAGUCAAGCAAGCGAGGGUAGCGAGGCGGCGAGCGAGGCACCCUCCGAGACGUCGUCGCCGUCGGGCAAAACGAGAAGGUAUCGAGGGGACACCAGCAAAAGGAGAAAGGGCGUGUACAUAACCCAAUGGCCGGAGUCCUUGGACACCGACAGGAACAAGCUGUCAGCUCAGAGCAGCGAGGAAAGAGACGAGCCACCUGCGACGCCCAGCGACCUCUCUGAUUGCGAGGGCCACACACCUAGAAGGUACAGCAAGAGGCCUCUCCGCGGCCCUUACGGGCAAAUGCUCGAGGCAGAAAUGGCGAAGCCGCGAACCGCCGACAUCUCUCUCGAGGAAGGUCUUCGUCCACGGAGAAAAGUAUCCGCGAAUCUCUCGUACAACGCGAGCUCGAAUAACAGCGGUUCAGAGCCGCCCACGCCCUGCCAUCACAGAACCACUUCCAGCCCGAGCAAACUGGAAGGUCUUCCGGGACCAAGUCCCGAACUCCUCGCGGAACUGCUUCGAGGAUCCUCCGAGAGGGUGGCUCGUGCACCCGCGCAUCGAAACGAUACGAGAACUCACGUGGUCGUGGAACUAUACGAUACAGAGCGUUCGUACGUGGAAGCACUGCAAAUACUAGUCAAUAAAUACCUUCAACCGUUGAAAAGCUCUGAAAAUGCAGGCUUGGUGGAUUCAGCGACGGUGGACGAGAUAUUUUAUCAGAUUCCCGCUAUUCUCAAUCAUCAUGAAGUGUUCCUGGAGGAAUUACGUAAAAGACUGGAUACUUGGGAGCUUAAACAGACGAUUGGCGAUGUUUUCCUCGAUGUGUUCACUAAGCCAGUCGUCCUGGAGACAUAUACCCUUUUCCUUGAUAAUUGGAAGUCCGCGAGGAAGGCGAUAAAAACGACUUGCCAAGCGAAACCGGCUUUCGCGCGAUUCCUCGAGACAAUGGAACGAGAGCACAAAGGGAAACUUGGAUUGGAUCAGUUAUUGAUCAAACCGGUGCAGAAGAUACCCCGUUACGAGUUGCUGAUCCAGAGGCUGUUGAAGCACACCGACGCCACGCAUCCUGAUUUCGAGUUGCUACAAGCUGCCCAAAAAGAGGUGCACGAGUUGGUCGUAAAGAUCAAUUGCACGGAAAGGGAAUCUCUCGAGUGGGAGCAACAGCAAACAACGUUGAGGGAGGUUCAAGCGCUCGUCGAAGGAUUGGCUGGUAUCGUGACGAAUGACAGAGCAUUCAUUCGCCAAGAUCUGGUCACCAUCGCAUCGAACCAAGGAACCAGAAAGGAACGGGCGUUAUUUUUAUUUUCCGAUUUACUCGUCAUCACCAGCAUCAAAAGGAGGAGCGGAACUAUCAGAAAACCGUCGACUUCCUGCCCGAAUAGUCUGGUUGGCCUACUCGAAGCGAACAAGUACAAAAUGUUAAUGAGAAUACCGUUGGACGACUUAGAAGUUAUGAAAGCCAAAGAUGAAAAUUUGAGGCGAAUGGCCCGCGAAGUAGAUCAUCUGCGCGAAGACUGUGCAACGUUGACCCAACUUCAGGAGCUGGCAUCCACGUUGCACAGUGCGAAGCAACAAUUGGAGGAUCUCAUCAAGGAUAUGCUGGGCCAGGCGCAGCGUCAAUUAGCCGAGAGGAACGCGGCGCAUUCACAGUUGGCUUGUCUGGAAUUAACGCUCAAUACUCAAGCUGGAAUCGAGAACAUUUCCGUGAUGUUCACGAAGCCGGACAAAAGAGCCAGCUGGGAGGAGAGUUUCAACGAGGCUAAACAAAAGUUAGCGUUGUCCGCCGAUAGGAGGCCCUGCCCAGAAUUCGUGGGACCUCUGCCGAUUCGAAAGACUCGGGCUGGCUUGCAGUUCACCUGUGCUGCGCCCACCUUGGCCAAUGGACAGGGCUCGAGAGACGUUUGGGUGUGCAACAGCGACGGCUACGUGGGCCAAGUGUGCGUGUUGAGUCUGACACCGGAACCGCCGCAGGUCACAUCUUGCAAUGGCGUUUGCAACGCGAGGAUCUUGUGCGUCGCUGGAAUUCCAGCGUGCACCCAAAGAUCGAAUUCGUGCGUGACUAACAACAUUUCGUUCGCGAACAGUAAGAGCGGCAUAAGCAUCUCGGUCCAGGAUGUCGAUGCCAGUGGCGGGAACAUACAGUUAGAUAGUAGCUCGAGCUCCGACGACUCGGACUCGGACGACAUUCCAUGUGCAGAUACGGGUAGCCUGAGUUUGAGUGGUGACGUUCCGAGUAUCGAUAAUGUUACAACAGAGGAGGACGUCAAUCAACCAACAAUGUGGCUAGGUACCGAAGAUGGAUGCAUACACGUUUACAAUUGCAACGACAACAUCAGGAUAAAAAAGAACAAAGUGAAAAUACAGCACAACAGCAGCGUGCAUUGCAUCAUAUAUUUGGACAAUAAAGUGUUCGUGUCACUCGCCAAUGGAGACAUCACCGUCUAUUCUCGAGAUCAUAUGGGUGGUUGGAACACGCCUGAUCCAACGUCUGUAUCGGUGGGUACCGUCGCUUCUCCAGUGACUAAAAUGCUUCCUGUAUCCGGUAAACUUUGGUGCGGAUGCCACAAUUCGGUGAAGAUUCUCAACACCCACACGUUGGAUAUAGAACAUACGUUCGCCGUUAGCAACGACACAUCUUUGUCCGUUUCCUGCAUGGCGAGUUCCGGUGGAUUAGGAGUGUGGAUCUCUUUGCACAAUAGCGCCGUGCUGCGAUUAUUCCAUUCUGGUAGCUACGAAUGCUUGACAGAUAUCAAUAUAGCGCCUGCUGUCACCAAAAUGCUUACCAGUUGCGAUGACAUAAUACGACAGCACAAGGCCGCCUGUCUCAGGGUCACCGCACUUUUGGCUUGCAACGAGUUGCUUUGGAUCGGCACGAGCGCCGGCGUACUAUUGACCGUGCCAAUUCCCCAUAUAAAGCCAUCCACUCAGAGGAUGUCCCAACCACCGAUCGUGACUGGUAUCCCUCAUGGACACACCGGACACGUGCGUUUCCUCACUUGCGUGGAAACGAUAACCCCGCCGAAACCAGACCCGCGUCCAAAGGUGAACAGAUACUCUCUGAAAUCUAACAAAGCGCAGCAGAACAAUAUCAAUCGUGGAAAACUGUUGGUAAUAUCCGGUGGAGAUGGUUACGAGGAUUUCAGAGGUCCGCAGGCAUCCGCCGAGCUGCAGGCUGGUCGCGAGGAUUCGACCAAUCAUCUGUUGCUUUGGAAAGUGUGAUCUGAUCUGGUACGGCCCUCGGUAAGGGCCGCAUUUUACACGCAUCGGCACGACAUGCCGUGGGAUUCAUUGUUACGUGUGCAAUUCACACGUAGUCGGGUCCAUCAUUGUCCGAUCGUGACUGUUCAGGACGUGUUCGCCCGACGAUUUUUCAGGGAACGCGGGAAGGUUCUCUGGUUGAUUUUGGCCGAGUGGAUCAAAACGAGGAUAAGGGAGGUCCGUUAUUAUUAAGGUGCCAAGAAGCAAACCAGUCGUGGAACCAGUCUAGAUACGUUUCUUCUCUGAUCUUUACAUCAAUAUCCGACGUAAAUGAUCGGAUCUUUGCCAUAUAAUUUAUUCGACUCUUGCAGGAUCGUUCUGCGACAGAACUUCGAAAAUCGGUUCGCUGAAAUCGAGCUCAAAACCAGACGAAUAUCUCAAGCCGUCACCUUGCUUAGACUAUCAUCAAAAACCGUGAAAGUCUGAUAUAGAUAUCGCUUGAACGUGAUCUGAUCGUUUUGAAUUUCGCAAUUGAUUUCAGAAAAUCGAUUCCACGUAAAUUUGUACUUUUGCACCGGUUUGAAAUAGAAAGAGUUGGCUUUCUCUCGAUGACACCGGCAAUUAAUUCGUCGGCGACUGAUGAUGAUCCAGUUCGAUAAAGGAGAAGGGUAUAUACGGAUGAAUCGAUAUGUGAUCGUAUAUACGCGUAUUGAUUCGCUCGCGUAUUCCCUGUUGCGUCAAAUGUAUAAUAUUACACGUUGGAAUUAAACGUUGGAAACGAAAUGGAUUAUUACGAUACCUGGAAGAGCGUUGAAUCGAGCUUACACUACGUGACUAUUGGCCUAAAAAUAUCAUAAAACGUUAGAAGGGAGCUAAUCGAGUUAAAAGUGCCAAAACGAAUUUAUCAUUGUCCAUCGAUCGACGCCUCGCGCUCGACAAGUAGUAGACGCGCAAUAACAUAACACGUUUUAUUAAUUAUUCACCGAUCGUAUGAGGGAAUGUGUUCCAUGUUUAAUCGCUAAUGGAAUUCCAGUGAAAAUUCUUUUUCUUUCUCCUCGCAGCUCAGACUGGAUAAAUAUUUAACCUCGGCCGCGAGUCAAUUUAUUUCGGAUUGGAACGUGAUAAUAUUGUUGUUAUUGUUAGUCGAGGGAAUUGGAAUUUAUAUGGCUGGAUAAGGGAGAUUAGGGACGAUCGAAUGAACGUUCAACUGUUAAAAGGGAGGCAAAAUUGAAAUUUGUAUAUUGGAUAAAAUUUUUCGUUCUUCCAUAGAUAUUUUUUUAUUUGGGCGAAAACGUUGUUGAAGAGAAUUAUUAAAAGCAUAAAAGAGAUUGUAGAUAGAUCGAAAUUCGAAUAAAGAAGAAUUUCUUCAAAGAUAAUCAAUUACACUCGAGGAAAAAUCGUUUUGUUCGUCUAUAUGUGUAUUAAAUGGUACAAAAUUCGAGAGGCCAAUUCGCAUAGUUUCUCCCCUGCAGUACCUUCUUCACGGUACUUCUCGAUAGUUAUUAAGCUAUUUAUACACCUCCCGCGCGUUUUAUUCGCUUCAAUUUACAAUUAGAGUAACGAUCUGACUUUUUUACGAGUUUGAACGACGAUUCGAGGAUGUAUCGAUCAUACGUAAUUAAACAUACAGCGUAUUUGACAAUAAUUAAUUGAUAUCGAAAUACUUGACGUAGUCUUACGCAAGACCAAGUGUUGCGUUCCACGAUAGAGAUCUUUGAUUUUUAUGAUAUUUAAUCGUAUCUUCGAUUUGCGCACUUUCGCCCUUAUUGAUUUUUCCAAAUUGAUUGAUUUGAACACACGAGAGUUAUUCGCAUUCGCACGUCGAUCGGUUCCUUGAUAAACUAAGAAAGAAUCGCAAAUUUUUCAAAUUUUGCACUUUUAAUACGAUGAUUCGUUUGAAAAACCGAGGACAUUUUACAACUUCGGAUGUUACUUUUUUGAAUGUCGAUUCACGAAUCUUCUUCCAUUCAUUUUACCAACUUUAGAUCUCUCACGGAGCCAACGUUAGGUGUUUUAGGGUAUGUAUACUUUGGGGGAUUAUUACGAAGCUGUUUGUUGAUUGUAAGAGAUAUUGUAAUAAAUUACAAUGAAUUUGUCAUCCUUCGAUCGUGAAAAUUGAAAGAGAAUCGUAUGGAUGUGUUGUUUAAAUAUAUAUGCAAAAAGAAAAAAAAGCAUGAAAAAAAAAACAUAAAAAAAAAUGUAAAAGUUUGUUGAAAUGUCUCCAAGGUCUGUUGUCGUUUUUUAAUGGGAGAGCCGAGCGAACGAUUCAAAUGCUUCAAGACUGAUUCGAAUUACUUUAAUGAAUUCGAGGCUUGAAGAUUGGAAAUAAAAAAGGCUUUUUUAAACACCAUGAUAAAAUUCCUUUCUCCAUUAAUUAAUACUUACACUUAAGACAAAAAUUUUGAAAUCUUUUCGAUAAAUAAGAUUUUUAAUUUCCAAUGCAUACAGCCUUUUUUAUAUCCACUCUUCAAUUCGUAAUCGUACAAACAUCCAUCACAUCCUGAUCAAACAUCGAUAUUCCGCCGAAAAAGAUUCAAUCAAGAAUUUCUCUCUCGACGGCUCGAAAAAAAAAAAGAAACAAAAACGAUCACAAGAUUCGCUCUACGAUCAUCACAGAGAGACAGAGACACCUUUUCGAUGUGUACAUAAUAAUUAAUGUCGACAUACCUGUACGUGUGAUAAAUCAUUGUUCGCAAGCCUAUUCGAAACAAGGUAAAAAUCUGUUGCUAGUGGAAAAUCGUUGACCGCGUACGGGGGGAGGGGGGGCUUAUAUUUUGUUUAUCAGUGUGAUUUCUAUUAUCGUAGAGAGAGGCGUAUAUACAGUGUUUUCGCGCGUUUGAACUCGUGAAUGAAAUUGAAUGGAAUUGAGGAAAAGAGGAGAUAUAUUUGCCUUCGACCUUGCGUUCGCCUCGCGAGAAUCAAUUUUCUCGCGAGACAAUGUUUGGUGUCAUAUCGUUUCUUAAGUAUCAGUGUGCUUGGGUGGGAUGAUGAAUCGUGUGAAAUGAGAUGGUGGUCGUUUUCAUUAGAAGAGUGCAUCGAAGGAGUGGACGAUUUUUUUGGUGAUAUUAUGCAUGUAUUGAGAGGAGAGGACAAUUGUUUCAUCGUUAACGUAGUCGAGGAAUGAUAUAAAUGAUGAAAUUUCGUUACGAUUUGUGUAUUUUGCGAGUGUGGAAUUGAACAAAGAUAAUUAAUUAUAGAUCAUCGAGUAAAAUGGGGUAGAUCGAGUGGAAUGGAAAAAGAAGAAAAAAAAAAAAGAAGUCGAAUUAUUAUUUAUUGUAUAGAUACUUAAGGUAUAC